AGAAUAAUUUUUUUCUAUGAGUUCAGUACCAGAAAUUUUGAGAACUGAAAUUCCCACAAAAAUAUCUCCUGUUGGAAAAUUUUUUAUAGGAGUUACAGGUGGCAUUGCCUUUGGUUUAACAAUAAUUUGUGCUCCAUUUGUGAGUCCAGCACUUAGAAAAUACUGUUUGCCUUAUAUACCAGCAACAAAUGAACAAAUAGCAAAUAUCCUCACUGCUCUCAAGGGCCGAAGAGGCACACUAUUAGAUUUGGGGUCUGGUGAUGGCAGAAUUGUUAUAGAAGCUGCAAAACACGAUUUUAAUUCGCAUGGGGUAGAACUAAAUCCAUGGUUAGUUUUAUUUUCCAAAUUUAGUGCAUUUAGAGAAGGUGCUGCAAGUAGGGUAAAAUUUUAUAGAAAGGAUUUAUGGAAGUUUAAUAUAUCUCAGUAUGAUAAUAUUGUUAUUUUUGGUGUUGAACAAAUGAUUAUUUUGAAGUAUUUUUUACUGAAACACAGAUUUCUUGUCCUCAAAAAUAAAUGGCAUAACAAGAAUGUCAGUGUAGACUGGUGCGGGACAUGGGCAUUAAAGUACAAGAUUACCCAGUAAUACUUUUUUUAUCCAUGUAUCUAUAACAACUAAUAAUACAACACCUUUAUCGUAGAUGAAUGAUUUGGAGAAAAAGUUCAUAGCAGAAUGCAAAGAGGACUGUAAUAUAAUUGCAUGCCGAUUUCCACUACCAAAUUUAAUUCCUGUCAAAACUAUUGGUCAUGGAAUAGAUGCUGUAUGGGUUUACAUUCUUGAAAAAACUUGAUUCUAUGAUAUAUCAUGUAAUGUAGAUAUUAGUUAAAAAAAGUGUAUAUAUAUUAAAAUUUA